UGCCGGUAAGAACUUAGCAAUAGUUUUAUUUUUCACUUUUGCCGGUAAGAACUUAUGCAAAGCUUUUCUCUGGGUAAAAGUAAAGGACACUCGCAUACCUUAGAAUCAUGGCUUGGCUGCUGGUUAGAACUUCCUUCCCCAAAAUUGCCUUUGGAAAUAAAUUUUCUUAUCAGAGAAGAGCCUGGAGCAGGAGUCCCUUGACUGCGUACAUGCCAGAAGCCACAGCUUUUCCCGGACCGAGGAAUCACCAAGAUCUGUACCAGCUGUCAGUGGAGCAAGCCGACGUUUUCUGGGGAGCGCUAGCGAGAAACCGGCUCUUGUGGAGCGCUCCUUUUCAUUCGGUUAGUGACUGUGACUUUCAGCAGGGCCACGUGUCCUGGUUCCUCGGAGGGCAGCUCAACGUAGCAGUUAACUGUCUGGAUCGACAUGUCCACAAAAAUCCAAAUAAAGUAGCCUUGAUCUGGGAGAAAGAUGAGCCUGGGCAAGAAGACCAAAUCACAUACAGAGAAUUGCUAGAGUUGACAUGUCGACUGGGGAACUCCUUAAAGCGGCAGGGAGUGAAGAAAGGUGACAGAGUAACUAUCUACAUGCCUUCCUGUCCAAUGGCUGUGGUGAGCAUGUUGGCCUGUGCCAGGAUUGGAGCAAUACACACAGUAGUAUUUGCUGGAUUCAGUUCUGUUGCAUUAGCUGACAGGAUCCAAGAUGCUCAGUCUGAAACAGUAAUCACAGUCAACCAAGGUUUGAGAGGAGGCAAGGUUGUUGAACUGAAGCAGAUAGUAGACCAGGCCGUGAAAUUGUGUCCAACAGUGAAGCGAGUUUUUGUUUCAAAAAGGACAGAUGAAAAGGUUCUCAUGUCUGAUUUAGAUAUACCGCUGGAGGAGGAGAUGAUGAAAGAGGAUGUAACCUGUCAACCUGCUGCCUUGGAGAGUGAAGAUUUACUGUUCCUCCUUUACACUUCAGGAAGUACUGGAAAACCCAAAGGCCUGGUCCACUCCCAGGCAGGCUAUUUGCUGUAUGCUGCCCUCACACAUAAGUAUGUGUUUGACUACCACGAUGGAGAUAUUUUUGGCUGCGUGGCAGAUAUUGGUUGGAUCACAGGACACAGUUAUGUGGUAUAUGGACCUUUGUGCAAUGGAGGAACUACAGUUCUUUUUGAGAGUACUCCGGUGUAUCCUAAUCCAGGGCGUUAUUGGGAAACUGUGGAGAGGUUAAAGAUAAAUCAGUUUUAUGGAGCCCCAACAGCAAUUCGCCUUCUUCUUAAAUAUGGAGAUCACUGGGUAAAGAAAUAUGAUAGGUCUUCUCUCAAAAUUCUUGGAUCAGGUAAGUUUUAAGCCA